AAACCGCUAAACCUUUGAUACAGACAUUGUCGUAUCUCUGAUAAUUAAAUUAGACUUCAUCAAACGAUCCUUCAGAACUAUCUGUGGCUCCUUUGUUGUUCAUGUGACGUGUACGCAACCCCGAGGAUCUUCUUCGACAACAUCAUCAUCACCAGCAGCAGCAGGAGCGCUUCAGGAUGCCGUUCACCCAAGAAACGGACCCUGCACCGUUAUGACAAAUUACAGAAAGGAAUGUUACUCUCGACAGCGGUUUCACUAGUAUCCAGUUGCGACAUUCGCGGUACUUGUAUUGUGUUUCUACUAUCGAAUGAGUGAAAGAAACUUGAAGAAAACUCGACGACAAUUUAGCUUUUUUCGAUCAGAUAUUCGCUACGAGUGGCUAACGCUAGCUGGUAUUGUUGAGGUCCAUUGAAGUACAGUGUUAGCUAGCUGCUGAUUAGUACAGUGGACCCAGUUGACAGCUAGCCAGCUACGAGAAGGCUUGCCAAGUUAGAUCGCAGCCUUCUGUCACUGUACUGUACAUUCAUUCUCACUUUCAGAGCAGGGACUCAUUCAUGUUUGGUUUGAACGAAAAACGGGAAUCGAGUGAACUCAGUAGACCAGUCGGUUUGGAAGAGAUGACUAGGUGGUUGUCUUGUAGGUGUUCAUAGUAUUAGAUGUUUUUGAUAGAAGAACAGAGAGAACGUUAGCUAGCUAAUGUUAGCUGGUUGGUUAGCCAUCUUAGCUAGUGAAAGGAAGCGCGGCUAGGUCGCUAGCCCGAGGAAAAGCCGUUCCUGCUGGGCAAGAGUGGAAGGAGCAGCGAGAUAAUCGACUUGGGACGGAGAAAUUGCUGUGUGAUGGCAAACGAGACAGUAAUUCUCAACGUGUACGACAUGUAUUGGAUCAACGGAUACACAUCCGCUCUGGGAGUCGGCGUCUUUCACUCAGGGAUCGAGGUCUACGGCAGAGAGUUUGCCUAUGGAGGCCACCCGUACCCAUUCUCAGGGAUCUUUGAGAUCACCCCCGGCGAUGCCACAGAGCUGGGAGACACCUUUAAGUUCAAAGAGGCCAUUAUUCUGGGCUCCACUGACUUCACGGAGGAGGACGUGGAGCGGAUAGUGGACGAGCUGGGCAAGGAGUACAGGGGCAACGCCUACCACCUCAUGCACAAGAACUGCAACCACUUCUCCUCAGCGCUCUCCGAGAUCCUGUGUGGGCGCGAGAUCCCGCGCUGGGUGAACCGGCUGGCCUACUUCAGCUCCUGCGUGCCCUUCCUGCAGAGCUGCCUGCCCAAGGAGUGGCUGACGCCGGCGGCGCUGCAGUCCAGCGUGAGCCAGGAGCUGCACCACGGCGAGCUGGAGGAGGCCGAGGACGCCGCCGCCACCGCCUCCACGCCCAACUCCCCCACCCCCAACCCCCUCUCCGCUGCCGCUGCCUCCCACUCGGCUGCCGCCGUCGCCCCCUUCCCCCGGCCCCUCUCCAGCCGGCACCACCACCACCACAAUCACCACAACCACCAUCACCACCACCACAAACCCCACCAGCCCCGGCGGUAGACCACAACCCCACACUCAUAUCCACUGACAGACCAAACAGACCAACCCUGACCCCCAGGUAAUGACUCAAUAUCCAACCUAUGUCCACUUACCCAACCCCAGCCCUAGGUAGUCCCAGCCCAUAUCCCCCUCUCAUCAGCCCACAUGACCCAUCAGUCCUGUGGGGAGCUGCCACUGCACUCUUGCUGGCUAAGUCCCGCUGCCCUGCUCUGCCUUGCUCUGACAGACGGGGCUGUCUUCCAGUCCAGUGAGUGCUGCCCUGUAUCCUGGGGAAACACUAGGAGUUGGAUGGAGCGACAGGCAGGCGCCUCUCAGAUACACCACAGCGACCUCUGGUGGCUAUUAAAUGCAACAGCAGGCGCAGCCUCUGGAGAACCUCUAGUUACGUGGAGGAGCUUGCUGGAAGUGACUAUGGACCUGAUUUUCUGUGUUUAUGUUUCAAUCUUUUUUCGUUUGCUGAUCUGUCAGAGAAGAUGAAAUCCAAGCUGAUGUCAAAGUUUCGUUUAUUGCCUUCCUUUUUAUUUUUUUCUUAGACACUCAGGACUCUCAUGGUGUCACCGAAGAGAAAGACAGACGGUUCUGUUCUGAGAUUUCCAAAACACAUGCUUUUGUUUUAUUUGUUCUUCUGUUGUGUUUACCUUUUUUUGUUGUUUCCAGAGAUUUUGCUUUGAGAUUGUGGUUUUCAUGUAGAUUUCAUGGAUCGGUAUGUUGGACAUUUUCUGGAACUGUGUUUUUGUUUACACACUUUAAGUAUGUGUGAGUGUGUGCAUGAGUGUAUGUCUGUAAGUAUGUAUGUAUUAUGUAUGUGUAUGUACAAAGUGUCUGUUACGCUGACAUUAAGCCAUCUGAAGCGAACCCUGAACCACCUUUUUCGUUAUUAUUUACUAUUUGUUUUCAUGUUUUUUUUUCUUGUGAAAAAAGAAAACUACACACAACAAGCAGCUGAUGUCUCCCCACUUUGGUGGUUGUGCCUCAAAAUAUUUUUACCGUCGGCCGGUCGAGCUGGAGCUGUGGUUUUCUCACUCUAGUCUUUAUAUUGUAUUCUAUUAUUAUUAUCUUUCUGUAUUGCUGCAGCUCCAGCUGACUGGAUCCGUGUUAACCCUGCAGUUACUGUACAUCAGGUGUUUUACACUGCUGGCUUUCUAGUCUUCUAUCUCUCAGACAAUAUUUGUAUUCUGUUUAACAAUAAAAACAAAGAUUAUUAAUUAAAAAGAAGAUAUUGGACUUAUAUAUA